AUGAAUUGCAGAGAAAGGAGAAGAAGAUCAAGGAAAAUGCGCUGGGCUACCUUCAUGAUUGACUAUAGUGAAUUCCUAGGAUUGGAUUUUGAGGGUGGGUCCCACUCCCAAGCUGGUAAAGGGAAAAAAUUCUAUUGGUUUUGUGGGACCCACUUGUCUGCUGAAUUUGAAAGACCAUACGACCGCGUCCUAUCUGGUUGCGGAGGGUUCCAUUCCUGUGGCUGUGGUUGCGGAAUAUUCUAUGAGAAUGUAAAAGAGUAUGUUCAAGAAGCUUAUGGAGCACGUAAUGCUGAAAGAGAGGAUCAUAAUUUUCAAGACUCUAAACAAUUGUUUGACAGAACCAAGAUGAAAAGAAUGCUUUUAUCACGCUUGGAUGCUUUGAACAAUAAGGGGCUUUACCUUAUUGCUAUGUUACUUGCUGGAGGCUCAGUCAAAUUUAAAACUACUUGUAAGAAAAUGAAAGAGGCGAUUAAACAAGCAGGAUUUCUUAGGGAUCAAAGUUGCAAUCAUGACCAAACAGAAAUUUUGAUGCUGCUAGAUCAACUAAUCAAUAGCCCGCAAUAUUUUCGUGAGAAUUGUUUGAUGUUGCUGAAUCCCACAUUUCAAUCUCACCAUUCUGCUGCUCUUCAAGUACUGGACGGACUAGAGGACUUGCCGACUGAAGCCCUGCUUGCUAUGCGAAGAAAACUUAGUAAUACCCCAGCAAGCAUUCCCUAUAUACAGAAAAAGAAAUAUAAUCGCUCUCGAGAUAGGUUGAUUGAUUAUGUAAGGAAGACUAGUGAAAAAAUGCUUUCAGAACUUGGUCGAGGCGAUGAGCUGCAGGCACCACUAGCCAAAUCACUUGCAAUGGCAGGUUUAUCUCUAAAGCUAACAACAGGCUCUCUAAAUUCGUCUGUGGCAGACUUCAAUCAAUUCUCGCCAGAAAUAAAAGCCUUGCAGGAUGAGAUAUCAAAGGCUAUACGGUUACUAGGAAUGAAGAAGCUUAAAAUACCAGAGGUGCACACCUUGCAGCUUCUGCUGGAUCCAAAGGCUGAUGUACCAAAAGGAAGUCUGCGAACAGCAAUGACUAAAUUGUUAACUGAAUAUCUUUUUGAGUGCAGUGAGUUUCAUAUCAUCCCUAAGCCUUUAACAGAAGCUCUUGCUAUUAUCAACAGGAGUUCUUGCCAAACCCGGAUUGGAUUCUACCCAAAGGAGCAAAUUGAAGAAGAGGUGGAAUGCAUUUUAGGUUUAAGUUCUGAGAUAAAGCAGAUGGUUUGGGAUGUUUUUCCUGAACAUGAAUUUGACAAGGAUUUUACUGAUGCUUAUGUGGAAGAAUUAGAAGAAAGCGAUAGUGGAGAUGAUGACGAUUAUGUCUCUGAUCAUCUCACUGUUGCUGGUGGUGAUGAUGAUCAUCAGCAUAUGGAACUCAGAAAGCCUCAAAGUGGUAAAUCAUAUUCAAUUGGUUUGAAUUACCCAGAAGAGAGUUGUGGGGAGUAUAUACCAAUGGACUCCUCACCACCUAUCUCAAACCCUGAGACAAGUUGCGAUCCUACUCUGUUCCAUGAAACAAGAUAUCGUAAUGGCAUGCAUAAUGUAGAUGGCUUUUCUCUCCACCAUUCUCCAAAUGGAAGUACAAAUAGCCAUUCUACAAGGAGGAGAAAUGAACCUGAAAGGGAUACUGCAAGUGAUCCAGGAAACUCUCUGGAAGUACUACCUUCUACCUUCUACAUGAAAGGGGCGAAAUUUAUGCCAAACCAGCAAAACAUAAGUGGCAACCUAUACCUUGGCAUCCAAGAAGUCUGUGACGAGACGAGUGUGGUUGCCUACAAUCUCAUUGGUUACAUAAUGGAGGGGCUGGCAUGGAAAGAAGGCUUAGGUUUACGUACUGCGGAUAUUUCAUAUCUCAGAGGUGAUAAGUCAAGCAAAGAAAAUCAAGACAUUGCUCAAGUUUUUGAAGAGUUGCUACCUUCCCUCCCGAAGAGGUAUGUAGCUUCUUCUCUGAAUUGUGCUGAACAAUAG